AUGGGCCUAUUUGGCAAGCUCAAAUCUAACAAUCCAUAUCCAUCCCCACCCGAAAAAGCACACCCAGUCUUUGAUACAACAUCACAAGAAUCAUUGGGUCGUCCUCCUUUACGAAUUAUAAAUUCAUGGCCUUCGAUCAGUCGAGAAGAUAAUUGCACCUCACCCAUAUCCACCACAAGUUCGAGUCAUUCACAUCAAAGUAUACCACAACGAUCAAUAUCGGCUGCACCCUCUGCACGUUUUGUCGUUUAUCCCGAUGGAUCACAUACCCAUUCGAUUAAAUGCAUGGGUCCAAGUCGUUUCACGACAUCCCUUCAUAACUUGACCCAUUUACUACCCUCCAAAUCCUUGAAACUACCCUCCUUUCGAGAAAAGAAAAAUGCAGAGGAAUUGAAAAAAGAGCGCACGGUGGUGAAUGCUCAUUUACAACGACCCAUUACGGAUGCAUGUUGUGUGACAACCAAGUGGGGAACAUGCCAUCAAGUUAUAGGAAAAGGAACCUUUGGUAUUGUACGAAUUGUAUACAAGGGCGAUCAUCCAUCAUCACCCAAUGACCAAUAUGCUGUCAAGGAAUUUCGAAGAAAAGGCUCAGAAUCAAUUGAUCACUAUAUCAAACGUCUCACAACCGAAUUCAGCCUAUGUGCACCUUUACACCACCCCAAUGUCGUUGAGACUUUUGAUCUACUUCCACUCAACAACACAUGUCCGGUCUUUUGUCAAGUCAUGGAGUACUGCAAUGGAGGCGAUUUAUUUGGCUUGAUCUAUGACAAUUCCCAAGACGGCCUAGAGCCGGCAGAAGCCAACUGUUUCUUCAAGCAACUUAUGCAUGGCGUCGCAUAUCUACAUAGCAUGGGUAUUGCCCAUCGUGACAUUAAGCCGGAGAACCUACUGUUGACAGCCCACGGCAUUAUCAAGAUCAGUGAUUUCGGUAGUGCUGCUAGUUUCCAAGUCGACCAUGAACCCGUGUUGGCACGCGGUCUCUAUGGCUCUGAGCCUUACAUUGCACCCGAGAUGUUUACAGACCCAGUGUAUGAUCCACGAGCUGCUGAUGUAUGGAGUUGUGGCAUUGUCUAUAUGGCCAUGCGCUCAGGCGCUCAUCCUUGGCAAGUGGCACAACCCGAUUCGGACGAUAACUAUGGCCGCUAUCUCCAAUUCCGACAUUUGGUGGAACAAGAACGUGACAAGGCACGUGAGGAACGACGCAUGGGCCAACAAAAAACGGAACAAGAACGAGAAUUGGCCAUUCUCAAGGCACGUGAAUCAGUACGCAAACAUGCAAAGGAACGUGGUCUCGAUAUUCUUGAAGGCUUUGGCUUUGGUGCAAAACGUGUCAUAUACCGCAUACUCGAUCCCAACCCACAAAAACGCAUCACUGUAAAACUCAUCUUGGAGAAUGAUUGGUUCAAGACCAUAUGUUGUUGUCAGCCCAUAUUGUCAAAACAGGAAGAAGCCAUGGUGCAAGAAGAAGGAUAG